AAGAGCUGGAGCCAUGACAGGAAAAAGGCACAGCAAGGUUACAAAAAUGAUAAGAGACAUCCCUCAUCACAGCAAUAAAGGAGCACAGACGAGUCAUGAGAAAGAACUGACUGAUGAGAGAAAUCUGACUGACCGAAGUGGUUGGUGGAAGGACACAGUUAAGAACACGCCAUUCCCUGGCAGUUACCACAUUCGUGAUUUCAUAGAGGAGGCAAGCCUCAGUCCUGUGAGAAUGACCUAUGGAUUUAUGGACUCAGGCCGCAACAGCCGGAUUGUGUGUAUGCGGAGCGGGACCAUGCUCCUGCCAGGAGCUUACAGCUUCACUGACUGUACUCAAGAAGCUCUCCGACGUCGAGCAUCCUACUCCUUUAAGAGCUGCCCAAGACCCGACAACUACACCCUGGGCAUCCGGGACAAAGACAUAGACCUCUCUCCAUGCCAUUAUAAUGUGACUGAGAAGCUUGUCCCCAAAUUACCUUGCAAGCAUGCUAUGUUCCGAUCAGCCACGCAACGCCUUGUCUUCCUUCCUGUAAGUCACUAUGAGAACAGAGGACUCCUGGACCAGGCACAUAUGAGCCCUCGCGCCAGAUCAGUCCUUGCUUUGCCACCGAGGACAACGUGGACGCCAUCCAUGGCCAUUUCUACCAUAAUGUGUUUUAAUGCUGUACACUCACCUGUCCAUCAAAAAUGAAUUCACGUGUAAUAUGUAAUUGAUGCACGUCUUUAUGUUCUGUUGACAUUAAAGAACCAGACAAGCUCUGUUCCUUAUUUGCCUGUUUUCCUCACGUGUUUUUCAUUACACAAAAAAAUGAAAAUGACAGCUAUCUUAGACAAGCUAAUUGCUGCAUUAAUUCAGUGGAUCAUUAUACCAGUAACUGGUAAUGUAGUAUUUUGCUUGCAUACAGGAAAAAAUGUAGCUCAUUAUCUACCUUUUCCACUCUCUCUACUCCAUGUCCAGCUGCUGUGCCUCACAGCUAUCUCAGUUAUGCAGCGCACUGAAUGCAGGCUAGCUAUCCAUAUAAUACCCAAGCUUUUGUGAUGACUCUCAUGCUCACAUAGCUCAUUGAUUUGGAACAAAGGGGUCAGUGUCACACAAUAAAACAGCUGUUUUGAGCACUUGUCAUAACACACAAUGCCGAACUGAGCCACCCAAACCAUUCCACUGCUACGCGUUACACACUGGGAGUGUGAAUGCAGAAUGUUUAUGAUGCUGGAUAACUUUUUAAUUAUAGUUGUCUUUUUUGUUGUUAAAAUGGUACCUUUUUAUUAUUAUUAUUAUUAUUAUUUUUUAGGUAUUCACCUAUUAGGAGUGGGUUUAGGUAUGAAAUUGAGGUAUGCCUAUUUUUACCCUCCAUAUGUCUCCUGAGCAUGUUCCACCAUCCCUACAUCUGCAGGACCAAAUGUGUCAUUUCAUUCUUA